AUGCCUUUUCCAAAGUUUCCGUGCCGAUCGAUCGACCACGUUGACCAUGAACGGACUAAAAGCGUAACUGCCUUACCUACUUACCUACCUACUCGGAACCAACAGAUCCUUAAAGUACAGUCGGGUGGUGGGUGUGCUCGAGCUGUCGAUGCCCACCCCCCACCGGCCGGCCCCAUUUCGAGGAUCCCCCACUAUCCAUCCAAAUGCUUACCACAUUUAUUUUCUUUCCCCCUGUUGUCUUGUUUUUCCCACCUAUUCAGAGGUCAAGGUACAACUUUCCAUGAUGAAGCAAUUCGGAAGCUUCGGAUGGUCAACUGCUGCGUAUCCUCUCUUGGCUCUCGUCGUUUUGUCUCCGACUGA